GCGGGAUCUCCGUCCCGGCGGGGGGCGGGGGCGACCGGAAUUGCACCCGGAGACCCCAGCUUCUUCCUAGGCAGGCCUACGAGACGACUGUGAGGUUGGGACCCCAAGCCCGCGGGAUCCCCGGGCGGGGUGCGGAGCCGCCAGGAUGACUGGGAGGUUGCCAGACGCGGAGAGAUGCGGGCCGCAUGCGGGUCCCCUGGCUGCUAGGGAGUGCUGAAGGGAAGGAACAGGGCUGCAGGCGGGUUCCUCCAGGGAGACCCAGGGGAGGAGGGGAGCUGGGCCCUCCCGUGUGCGGGUGUGACAGAAAGAGUCAGAAACAGCCGUUUCUGCGUGGCACUCGCCAUUGCUCAUGCCCCAGAUGUUUAAGGGAACUUGACAGUCAAACCCCCAAACCCACCCCCUGGAAAUGUUUCCCACAGCCAGAGACAGCGUUACGGUAAUUCUACGAGAUCUCUUUUCUCUGACCGCCCCUUAUAUGAAAACAAAACCAAAAGACCACAAGGUUCGGCCAGGAGAGCAUCGUUUGGCUCCUCUGCCACCUGACAGAAAGGAAGUGGUUUCUCUGUCCUCCGGACCCACAGGCCCACCUCACCACCCCAGCUCCAAGCAGACAGACAACCCUUCCCAAAUCCUGCCACUGGAGACAUCAGUAGAGCUGAGGCCGCCCCCGCCACCGCCUAGGCCACCGUCAGCCCUCACUGCCCAUGAAGUUCUCCACUCUCCAACUUGGGCUCAGCUAACCUUCACUAACCGUCCCAUCUCCACCCCAUUCAUCUCUCUGGAGGCCACCAGGCCUUCCUGCCCUUCCCAGUUGGCCAAGUGUUUGAGCACACAGACCAGAUAGAGCCCCGAUGGCUCCCUCACCAACUCCUCCCAAGCCUGAGGGUCUGGGCAGCUCUGGGCAGCGCCAGGGCAAGUCCAGCACAGUCCUACCACCUGGGCUGCACAUACUCCCUGAAUCUUGCUUCCACCACGGCUCCCCUGGCCCCUCUGCAGCCAGCCUUCCUGCCCUGCCUCUCAGACCCUCCCCAAGUGGGCACCAUCUUGUCUUUGCAGGAGGGUCCCUCUUUGCCAACACUACCUUGACCAACUGUGUCCUGGUCCCUGCUCCCUUGCAGGGACCGUCUCCUGGCCCAAGAGUAGAGGCAGCCAGCCAGCGCCUUGUCCACCCCGUCAGCCCCCACACCGGCUCCACUACAGCAGCAUUUAACUCACUGGACAAGAAUCUCCCCCGACUUAGGCCACUCCCCCACUGAACAUCCUCAUCUUUCAUCUUUGAUCCUUAAGUACCAAAUGCAGUCUUACCUUAGGGCCCAGGAAGCGUUCACUGGAUGCAGGACAGAGGAUGGAUCCUCUGAGGGGGCGAAGGUUGUGCCUUUUACCCUUCCAGAGGCUGGACAGUGUCUUCAUCAACCCCAUGGGCUCACUUCUGUUAUGUAGUGGAGCAAAAAGAGGAAAAAACAAAUGCAUUUCCCAAUGAUACCAUUCUAAAUUAUUUGGAGCCAGCCAAUGGAUUGGUUAGUGAACAACAUUUCUCUGAAUUCUCCCCAAGGGAAGGGACAUUCCUGUGAUUGAAGUGCUCACAAGCUGUGCUGCUAGCUGCAGAUGUGGGUGGGGGCCGGGGUGGUGGUGACCAAGUUUCCAAGUCGGCCCUCUUGUAAAUGACCUAGUAAUUGGCAUACCCGGGCAGGAAAAGAAGAGCGCAGAGCUGUUCUCUGGGGACCCUGUUGGUCAGUAAAAGCUGUGCGUCCAUGGCCUGGCGCAAAACAAAGAGGAAGGGACCCCCCAAAAGAGAGAGCCUCCCCCCUCCCCAGGACCCUCCCAGAGAAUCCACUUAGGGACUGGCAUGGGCAGAUCAAGUUUGGGGCAUUUCCUCAGCCACGGACCCUGGUAAACACCCUCUAUUCCGCCCUCCCACCCCCAACCUGGCUCCCUGGGACCUAGGAACGCUGAUCUGUUUGUAAUAGCCUUAAGUAGGCUUUUCACUGGGCCCAUGCGGGCCUGAAGGUACAAGUUAAUAUCUGAUGCUAAGUGAGCUGUGAGGUGCCUAUGCCCUUGAAGCCUGCCCUACAGAUUAAUUAGAGCUGAUCCUGAGGGCUGCUGCAGGGCCAGCCCCUUGGGCCACACAAGACCGCCAAUCCCCUAUUUGGAUUACUGGAGAUUUGCGUUUAAAUUCACAAAUCUCGAAAGAUCAGCCCUUCUGAUCUUCAUCCUGUGUUACUGUCAAACCACAUGUCUACUGGGAUGACUCGAGGGGUCUCCAGACUCCAUUUCUUGAAAAGAAUAAACCCCCAAACCAUGUUCAUGUCAAUUGACCAAUUUGAUUUUUCAUUUUGCUAGUUUCCACUGCACCCUGGAUGUAGCUUCAGCAAGUUAUAAAUCAGUUAUUUUCAGGGUGAACUGUGCUGAUUUAAAUUGAAGUGAGAUUUGAGAAAUUAGCAGCUGCAUGGAAACACUGAUUUCAUGGUUGGCACCUGGCUGUUGGAAAGCAAUUUGGAGUCUUCAGGCUCCAUUCUCUCGUUUAAGACCCCAAUAGGGUGGAGAAGGCAAUGGCAACCCACUCCAGGAUUCUUGCCUGGAGAAUCCCAUGGACAGAGGAGCCUGACGGGCUACAGUCCAUGGGGUCACAGAGUUGGACACGACUGAGCGACUAACAGGAUGGGCAUGUCUCCACGUGAAGAUGAACAAGUUGGAAAAGUCAGGUGGUGUGCUUAGAAUCGCAUGGCUGGGUCAAAUCCAGAAGUAUCAGGUCCUAGAAGCUUCCAAAACGCUACAACCCCCUUGUUGAAGGUAGGCGUUUAGGUGCUUUCGGCCAGCCUUGGAAUUCUGUUCACCCAAGAGCCAUGCUCAGUUGGAGCUUUUCUGAGCUCAGGAGAGGAGACCAGAUACCAGCUUUGUGGAGGAACACUGGACGCUGAGGUGGGUCCUAAAGAUGCACCCGCUUGACCCUUCUUUCCCACAGGUGGUCCCUACAUUCCUGAGUGGGGACAAGCCUCAGAGGCCAGGGCCCCACCCUCGUGCACCCCUGGAUCCCGUGGCCCUGGCACAGGGUGUACAUAGCGGGCCCCCAGGGAAGGUAGAAGGGACUUGGGAGUCUGGCUUCUCCAUGCGUGGGGGACCCUCGGGUAUAUCUGAGUGUCUCUCCCGCCCCCAGCCUGGCCCCCACCAUGAGCGCCGAGCUCAACGUGCCUGUGGACCCCUCUGCUCCCACCUGCUCGGAACCCGGCCACAAGGGCAUGGAUUACCGGGACUGGGUUCGCCGCAGCUACCUGGAACUGGUCACCUCCAACCACCACUCCGUGCAGGCGCUCUCCUGGAGGAAACUCUACCUGAGCAGGGCCAAGCUAAAGGCCUCCAGCCGGACAUCUGCCCUCCUCUCGGGCUUUGCCAUGGUGGCCAUGGUGGAGGUGCAGCUGGAGACGCAAUACCAGUACCCGCGGCCGCUGCUCAUUGCCUUCAGCGCCUGCACCACGGUGCUGGUGGCCGUGCACCUGUUCGCCCUGCUCAUUAGCACGUGCAUCCUGCCCAACGUGGAGGCCGUGAGCAACAUCCACAACCUCAACUCCAUCAGCGAGUCCCCGCACGAGCGCAUGCACCCCUACAUCGAGCUGGCCUGGGGCUUCUCCACCGUGCUGGGCAUCCUGCUCUUCCUGGCCGAGGUGGUGCUGCUCUGCUGGAUCAAGUUCCUGCCCGUGGAUGCACGCCACCAGCCGGGCCCCCCGCCAGGCCCCGGCGGCCACACGGGCUGGCAGGCCGCCCUGGUGUCCACCAUCAUCAUGGUACCCGUGGGCCUCAUCUUCGUGGUCUUCACCAUCCACUUCUACCGCUCGCUGGUGCGCCAUAAGACCGAGCGGCACAACCGCGAGAUCGAGGAGCUGCACAAGCUCAAGGUGCAGCUGGACGGGCACGAGCGCAGCCUGCAGGUGGUGUGAGCGCAUGCGCUCCCGGCGCGGCCGCCGCCGCGCCUGCGUCACUUGGCGUGGACCGGAACUCGCCUGCCUCCUGGACAGUUUCAGACACGCGGAUAGCCAACCGGGCUGCCGAGUCUCUGCCAGACGGUUCUAGACCAAAGUUCUACUUCUGUCUUAAUGCUGUUAAGACCUGGCUCGUUUUCCCUCAGAGGAUGGAACUCUUCAGUUAAAGGGGAGACUGAUGGCUAAGAGCUCAGGGUAGAGAAAGGCUGAGUCCUUGGCCGUGGGGCCUUCCUGAGGCAAGGAGGCCGGGCUCUGGGUUGUAACGGGUGGUCACGGGUCUCCUCAGAGACAUGGACCGAGUGGCCAGCUCGGGGCGGGAGCCUGGCAGGGGCCUGGAGAGUCAAGGCAGCAUCCUGAGUUCAGGGAAGGGAUUGCACCUUGACUCUGGAGCUGGGCUGGUGGCAGCCUGGGGGCAUGAGUGAUGCUACCACCCUGCUAUGAAUAGACUGGGCGCAGGAUUAACGGCUUGGCCUGGUGCUUCCCUCCCUGCCCUGGAGGGAGUUGGGUGGCCUCGCCUGUGGGGUGGGUGGGGGAGGGGAGGCAGGAACCUGGGUAGGGUAAGUCAGCCCAGCAAGUGCAUCAGACUAGUCAGGCCUUGGAUGAGAUGUCCAAGGUCGGAGGCCUGUGAGGUCAAGAGGCCUGUCUCUAGGCAUCCCAGGUGAGGUGCCCACUUGAGGUGGCUAACUGAGGGGUGACCUGAAGCAGCCUGGGCUCGAAUUCUCUCUUCCCAGACAGCAGGAUCCCUGGCCACACUGACCCAGCAGGGCCACCAGGUUGGGGAAGGGGACCCCAGUCCAGAGAGGCCCUUAUCUCAACCCCAGACGGUCCCAAGCUGUCAGCCCUCCGAGCUGCGGUUACAGAGGGUUGGACACUGGCCAGGCAGCUGAGCUCACCUGUCUCCCUGCUGCCUGGGGCCCCUGCUGUGGGAGGGGGGCAGCCUGGGGGACUUCGUGUCUGGACAAGGCCGUGGCCUGGCCUGGUCCGUGGGUGGUGGUGUCAGAGGCCAGCCCUGGCCACAUUUGGGUUCUGCUUAUGACAGCAGGGAGGGCGAGGUCCCAUGUAGUGCUCCCCAGGGGCCCCCCAGGCCUUCCGGCCACACCCACCCAGCUCAUACUUCUAGUCAUGGUUUCUGGUGUUUUCCAGAUGGCAUCUGGUAGGCCUGAGCCCACGUCUUGGGGCAGAACGUAUACGUGCUACAGCCCAGCUCCUCUGUGAGCUUGCUGUGCCCUGAGCUGCUUUUAAGAACCACGUGUACAUACUGGCCAGCAGCCGCCAGAGAGGGGUGCCUUUUCUUUUGUUUCCACAGUCAUCGGACUUCAUGCUCCGAUGGCAUUUCUGUCCACAGCCCAGUAGCUCUGUGGUGUCUGGGUUGUGUGUGCCAGGAAACGCUGGUGGGCCUGGUUGAGGUUUCUGAGACUAUGACAUACUGUCGAGAACGUAAACCUUAACACAUCACUCUGAAAUGCUGAGAACCACCAGUGCAAGUCGUGGCAUUUACGGGGAGCCUGGAUGUCAUGUCCUGUGGGGCCAGAGGAGAGCCCUGGUGCCUUCCGAAGGGUGUGUCUCUCAUAUCCUCUGCUGACAUCUGUCGUGACUUGCUCGCUCCCUGGCGCAUGUCUCCUCUCCUCUUGGAGCCUUGUUGAAAAGGCUUGUCUGGUUUAACGUGUUUGCUCUGUGCAAGGUCACUGGCGUCACUGCAAGACCACCACUGUGUGUCCUGGUAGGGACCAGCUCUUCCCCACUGCUGGAGGGGGCAGCAGCCCCUUCCUCUAGCCUGAGCCUUUUGAGAGGGGCCUCGCGGCGCUCACUGCGACCCACUGUCCUGGGCUGCCUGGCGCCCCUGCCCUGUGAGCCAGGCCCAUGGAGUGCCCAGCUCCCCCACAUCGUGGCAAGCACACCCCAGGUAUCAGCCAGGAGCCCGCUGUUAAUGCCUGGCCCAUGGCGGUGGUGGGAGGGGAGCUUCCUAACCUGGCCACAUCAGGGUCACCUAGGUGCCAGGGGCAGUGGCACACAGGCAGGGAAGAUGCCGCAUGACAUGUUUUAGACACUGAUUAGGAGAACAGUGUUCUUGCAAUUUCUUUUUUUCAUCCAGCACGUUUUCCCAGCUCCAGCCUUUCUAGUUCCCAGAGGUAUGGGGCAAACAGUUUCUGUGAGAACAGAGCUGACCACGGGUUGGGGACUGGUGAUGGGGGUCACUCUCAGAGUAGCCCAGAGCAUCCUCUGAGGCUGGAGAGUAAGCUAUUUGGAGCUGCAGCAGGGCAGUCUGGGAAGGAGAGGGAAGCAUAUUUACAGGCUAGAAAUUCGGUUCCUGGAGGUUUAGCCUGAUUGUGAAGAGGGUUCCGAGUAUAGUGGCCUCUCUAUGGUGAGAGGAGUGGUGUGGGCUUGCCCUAUUUUCCUCUGAAAGGAGCCUUCCUGGUGCUCAUAAAACAAAUGCCCGCAGAUAUACACAGAGGCCAUUUCCAAAGUGGAACACAGUCUCCAUUUAGUACCUGACCAGAAGCAAACUCACGGUUUCUAUUUUGGACAAACUGCCAGGGCAGAAUGUAUUUCAGUGUCUUCUAGGAAGGUGCGUGCAGGACAAAACCACACAAGCCUGAGUGGAUUGAGGUUCAUCUACAGACCUUAUCUGUCUUGUGCUGAGAAAUGCACUAUGCAUGACGUCAUGGAGACCACAUGUGGUGUGCACCCUGCCCCCGUCCUAUACAUGGAUUUUUAAAAAACUGUUGCCCUGGAUUGAACUGAAUAAAUAAAGCUAUAACUUGC